UCAAAUGAGUGUUUCAGUCCUCUCGGCAGUUGAUGAGUGAAGAAGAGGAGGAGGAGGAGGAGGACGAAGGAGGAGAAGGAGGCAGUUAAAAGGAGAGGAGAUCAGAAUAAAUGUCACCGUCGGACAGCCAGGGGGAUAGCCAGAUAAACCAGUCAGAUUUAAAUCACCGGAAGGACCGAUAAAAGAAAGAUUUAACGUCAUAUUCAACGUUAAAUCUGACCGUAAUGAACGACGGUUGAGCUGCUGUUCAGGUGAUUUAAGGCUGUGAAGUUUGCUGCCUUGACCAUCGGGUAUGGCCCCAGCCCUGACCAAAAUCCUGAAAGAUGACCACGGGAUCCACCUGUCCUCACCUCCUGCCUCCGCCAGAAUGGACUCAGAUGGGAGAGCCGUGCAUAGUGCUGAGCUGGAGUCUCCCAUGAGGUCGACAGAUGACGGUGAACUCCAGAAGAUGUGGCUCAACCUUUCCCUUUUUCCCUCUCUGGACUCUUGUCUCCCUGUGAGCCCCCUGGACGUCCCUGCCAGCCCUGUGCUGUCCCCGCGUCUGCAGGCGUCUGCCAGCCAGUGCGAGACGGUGCUCCUCCCCAGCCCUGCUUCCCUCCUCAGCUUCCUUUCCUUCAAUAAAGGCCGGAGAAACUCUCAUCAGGUGGCCUGCGUCUUCCCAGGUGUACCAGACAUGUUUUUAUUCACUGAGCACAAUAGGCAAGAGGCUCGCCUGCUGCAUGGACACAGCGCUGCUCCUGAACGUGGGCCAGAUGGCGGUGAUGUGCAUCGCUCCCCUCUUAUCCUCACCAGUGUUCCUCCUUCAUAUUCCCAUGGAGAGAUAAACUCCCAGGGCUACACUUCCUUCUUUGCGCCCCCACCUACACAGACACAAGGGAAAGUGGCUGGAAUGGGCUGUCCUUCUCCAUCUUCAGCGCAGCCUUGCAGUGGCAGGGUGCACUCCGAGCAGCCGGCACCCAGAGCCGUGCUCGAGGCGGUCGUGAAGGAGCAGAUUUCCAGGCAGGCAGGGCUGCAGAGCCAAGCUCAGAGGCUGCAGAGGAGACUGCAAGCCCUGCUGGGAGAGCACGCUUUGCUUCACUGCACCCAGCAGCUGGAGGGGCUGGAAAGGCACCAUCAGCUCGGCGGUGGCGUGUCUCUCGACAGCCCGGACUCCAUACGUUCCAGUAUAGUGGGAAGUAAACCCCAUUGUUCUUGGCUGGAGUCGUCCACAGCCACGUGCUCCUUCGCAGAGCUCAGAGAGUUCAGCCGCUCCAGCCAGGCGGUGCUGAGAGGCCUGCAGGAGGCUCUGGACUCUGAGGCCACGGCCAGCAGCAGCUCAGACGAGGAGCAAGAGGAGGAGAAGAUCCACGGCAGAACCAAGACUUCACGUGUCAGCAGCAGCAGCAGCAGCAGCAGCUGUGAGAGGCGGUGGCUGGAAGAGAGAGCUGAGCUGGGCAGCAGAUGGAGUUGGUUGCAGCUACGGCUGGCCGAGCUGGAGGGGAGGAUACAGCAACUGGUGGAGCUCCACAAGCACAUUCGCUCUACCAAGGGUGGUGUGGUGCUUGCAGAGUCCCAGCCACUGACAGACAGACAGAUCCAGCAGACCCUGCUGAGAGAAAUGGCCGGGUUAUCCAGCACGGCCUCAGAUGCUGACACUGAACAUUGCAGCCCCACACGACUUCUGCACAACAUAGAGAGACAGAGCGCUCAGCUCAGCCAGAUUGUCAACAGUCUGAUGCCUCCUCUCAGCUUUUCACCACUAUCUAAACAACCACACACCUGGGAGGGCAAGAGAGCCUUCACAAGUGGUCAGAAAGGAGACAACGUCUCUGUGCCUGGGAGUUCUAAGCGAAGGAGACUGGGGACCAGGGGGCUCUUCAAAGCUAAUGUGUCAUGCGUGUGUGCCCGGACCAGACCCUUGGUCACCUACCACAAGCCUAAACUGUUCACUUUCAACACAUGCAACCCCAGCAGUCCACAGGACUCGGGGAGGUUCACGUCCACCCUCUCCUCUUCUCUCUCAUCAUCUUCCUGUUCAUGUUGCUCAUCUUGUGAUCCCGUAGUCCUGUGCUCUGGUCCGGACUGCAGCUCCAGCAGGGCCCUGUCCUCCAGGACCCCCAACUCCACACGUCACCCUGUGUCGUCUCUUUCACUCGACACUCUUCUGUCCCACCCCUUCAAGAGGGUCGCGGCCAGAGAAGAAUGGUCCCAAAGGCCUCUGGUUAUCAACAUCCAACCAUCCGGUCCAGCACACUACAACAGACGCAGCUCCACUCCACUGCACACCAGUCACACAUACAAGCAGCAUGCGAGGCAUCAUAAAAGCAGAGUUCUGGGUCUGUCACCUAUCAGGACGGCAGGCUCUGCUCAGGGUCGACACAGGAGAGCCAAUCAGAGGAAAAGAAAAAAAAGACGCAUCCACAGGCUGAUAGAAGAUGAGGAAGAUGUCCUGUACCAGCUCGGUGACCCAGACACUUCAGAUGAAGUGCUGGAGGAGAGCUACACACAGGUUUCACGCAAGCCAGCCUCACAGGGCUUUGUUCGCAAACGCCAGGGAGAGAGUGUGUACAACAUUAACAACAUUGUCAUCCCCAUGUCUCUGGCUAAAGUGGAGAAGCUGCAGUACAAAGACAUCCUGACACCCAGUUGGCGGGUGAUUGACACCUCGUCUCUGAUGAACAGUGAGGCAGAGAAGGAAGAGGACGAUGAGGAUGGACAGGUGGAGGAUCUCAUUGAUGAAGUUUUUGCACAGAGACAUCUGGACUUAGAGCAGAGAGAGAAAUUGCGCUGGCCUUCAUGGGGCAUCAUGCGUCCUAAAAGAUCUGGCAGCAGGUUGUCAGGCAGUGGGGGCGGGAUGUGCACAUCAGGAGAGGAGAGCUCUGUGGAGUCGAGUUGUGCUCAGCUGGAUACUGAUGAACAGCAAAGCUCAGCGGAGUGGAUGCCUCAGACACCCUGGGAGCCACGAGUGUUUCCUUUGGACAAGGACCAGGAAGACGCCCUGCUCUCUGAUGACCCCGAAGAUGUCCCAUUAGGGCGGGCAGGGUGUAGCUCUGCCUCCUCCACAUCAAAGAACUCCAACUCCCAUCGCUCCCCAGCCCCGUCCUCUGGUGCUACACUGCCCUCUGGUGGACAAAGCCAGAGCAGCACACCCAAUGACAGCUGAGAGAGCAGUGCCUUACUUUUUACAUAUCUCCUCACGUCUGGGACCAUGAGGAGAAAAUGUGCCGUGGGAACCUUAAUCGGGAUACUUAAUACAUUCCAGAAAAGUGAUUUGAUGUUAUUUGCUUAUAGCAAAUGUGUUUUUUAGGUGUAUUUUUGGAGUAUUGUAGCAUGUACCAUAAUAGUUUUUAAAUUGACUACUGUAGCUUCUGCUGCACAUUCAGGUUUUAAUGUAUAAGAGGUACUGUAUGUAAAGAAAUAUGUACCAGCACAGCCCCACUGUAGUCUCAGGUCUGUAUACUGUUUGUAGUCGUCUCUUACUAUUUAUUUUCACAGUUGUCUUAAAAAGUCUGUAUAGGAAGACUUACAUAUACAGUAUAUAACUUUUACUUGAUUUACAUGUGCUUUUUUCAUGUUUAUUUGUCUGUUGAUGCUGUCAUUUGGUAUAUAUAUUUUUUAUGAAAGUUAUUAGUAAACAUUAACAUUAGUAAACAUA